AUGGGGAGGAAAAUGGAGCCCUUGGGCCCUUUGUAUCGGUGGUACAUCUACGCCCUCCAUGGCUACUUUGCAGAGAUCAUGUUCACAGCCGCGUGGAACUUUGUUGUGCACCGGGACUGGAGGUUCUUGGGCGUCACCAGCGUGUGGGCCCUUUUCAUCUAUGGCACUUUCGGCAUGAUCUUGGAGCAGCUUUACCUCCUGCUGAGGGUCCGGUGUAACUUCCUUGUCCGGGCCGCCAUCUACACCUUGUGCAUCUAUGUCUGGGAGUUCUGCACGGGCUACAUACUUCGCUGCUUCAACGCUUGUCCCUGGAACUACAGUGGGUUUCGUUACAACUUCAUGGGCCUCAUCACCCUGGAGUAUUGCCCCAUCUGGUUUGUUGCGUCCCUCUUGUUGGAGAGGGUCGUGGUGUACAACGCACUUCGCCUCCGCCUGGAUGAGGCUUGGAAACCCAAACAGUGCCCCUCUGAACUUAAAGACGACUGA